ACAUACAAGUGUGUCCAGGAAGACAGGUGCAACAAAAUGUGGUAUCAACACCACCUUUCUAAAAAUCUUGUUUAUCUUGCAUUAAAAUACCACCAGAACUGAAUUUUUAUUUUUUUUAGUUCAGCUGGUGAUCAAUAAGCUUAGUUUCCGCUUUUAUUUCUAAAGGAAAAACCCAAUCAUUUUAUGCGCUGUGUUGGUUUCGGUGUUUCCCAUAAUAAACUCUCAAAAUACAUAACGGGGCACUUUAACUUUGAUAUGGCAUCUCAAUAUAAUUGCACACAAUUUUUAAAUGAAUUCCCUGAGCCUAAAACUGAGGCUGCAAUUAAUAACGGAAUUGUUUCCUUCAUGGACGCAUUAGUAAAAGCAUAUCGUCCCUUUCAUUACUAUGUGCUCACUUUUAUAGUUAUUUUUGCGUUUUUUGCAAAUAUACUAAUUUUAAUACUUCUCACUCGGAAAGAGAUGAGAUAUUCGGGAGUGAAUGUAACAAUGAUGUUGAUUGCUGUUUGUGAUUUGGGAUGUGCAAUUGCCGGGUUAUCCCAGUUGUAUUUGAGAAAUUUUUCAGAUAAUUAUUCAUCCUACCAAACCGCAUAUGCUCAAUUCAUAGUUUAUUACUGUCAAAUUGCUUUUCACGCCGAAUCCCUUUAUCUUGCUGUUGGAAUGGCUUUUUGCAGAGUUAUAACUUUAAGUUCUGCAAGUGACAGUAGAGACACUUGGCAAUCUCCCAAAUAUGCUAUUCGUGUAGCGGUUCUAUUAUGUUUCCCAGUUUUUGCCGUGAGCUCUUUUGUUCUAUUUCUGAAUUCUGUUAAGGAAGUAUAUGCUGACGGAUCUGUAUUUUUGGACAUUUCUCCAUUAUCAUUAGCAAACGAUUGUCUGUUUCUGAAGACAUCAAUAUUCUUCAGUGGUUCUUGUUUCAAAAUUCUACCAAGCAUCCUUAUGUCAAUGUUCUCAAUUAUUAUUUUAAUACGUAUUAAGGCUGGAAAACAACGUUCUAAUUCUUUAUCACAUAAUCAAACUGAUCAAGAUGCUCAGAUUGACCGAUCAACGCGCUUCAUUCAAGUAGUAGUGGUUGUUUUUGUUAUCACGGAGACACCACAGGGAUUUUUCAGCGUAUUGGGGUCAAUAUCAAUCAAUGACUAUAUUAAUUAUUACCAACAUCUUUCAAUUUUUAUGAACAUUCUGGCGUUCUUCAAUACUACAACAAGUUUCAUUAUUUACAGUACACUUUCUUCGAAAUUUCGAAAACUAUUCGCUCAACUUUUUGUACCAGAUGUUAUUUUGGAGAAAUAUGGAAGGGUAUUUCAAAAAUUAGAAUUAAGUUUUUAA